AUGGCUUUCACACCCAGAGGCGGACGUGGCGGUGGUGACCGUGGUGGUCGCGGAGGCUUCACUCCUCGCGGUGGACGUGGUGGUGGCUUCGGCGACCGUGGUGGCCGUGGCGGCGGUCGCGGAGGCUUUGGCGGUCGUGGAGGCAGCCGUGGAGGCAGCCGUGGAGGUUUUGGUGACCGUGGUGGCCGUGGCGGCGGCCGUGGUGCUCCUCGUGGCGGUGCCCGUGGUGGACGAGGUGGUGCCCGUGGCGGAGCUAAGACCAUUGUCGAGCCCCAUCGCCACGCUGGUGUCUUCGUUGCCCGCGGAAAGGAGGAUCUCCUCGUCACCAAGAACUUGACCCCCGGCGAGAGCGUCUACGGCGAGAAGCGCAUCAGCGUUGGUGCUGAGAAGGCUGAGGGCAGCGACGAGGCUGCCCCCUCUGCCAUCGAGUACCGUGUGUGGAACCCCUUCCGCUCCAAGUUGGCUGCAGGUAUCCUCGGUGGUGUCGACAACAUCUACAUGGGCCCUGGCUCCAAGGUCCUCUACCUCGGUGCCGCCUCCGGUACCUCCGUGUCCCACGUUGCCGAUAUCGUCGGCCCUGAGGGAACUGUCUUCGCUGUCGAGUUCUCUCACCGCUCCGGUCGUGAUCUGAUCAACAUGGCCACCCACCGCACAAACGUCAUCCCCAUCGUCGAGGAUGCUCGCCACCCCCUGAAGUACCGUAUGCUCGUCGGCAUGGUCGACUGCAUCUUCGCCGACGUUGCCCAGCCUGACCAGGCCCGUAUUGUCGGUCUCAACGCUGGUCUCUUCCUGAAGGUUGGUGGUGGUAUUGUCAUCUCCAUCAAGGCCAACUGUAUCGACUCAACCGCCGCACCUGAGGCCGUCUUCGCCCAGGAAGUUGCUAAGCUGAGGGAGAUGGGCAUCAAGCCCAAGGAGCAGCUGACUCUCGAGCCCUUCGAGCGUGACCACGCCAUGGUCGUUGGUGUCUACGAGCGCGCCAAAUAG